AUGCCUCUGAAUACAAUUUCCCAGGAACGUAUCGAUAACAUUAUUAGGGAAUGUGGUAACACUGUUACAGUGACUGUCCUGCGAAAUACCCCUGGGCCCAGGUCAUCAUUUAUUACUGAAGAAAAGCGAGCCAGAUUGAAAAGCAACCCAGUCAAAGUACACUUUGCUGAGGAAGUGAUCGUCAAUGGCCAAGUACAGGGUAACUCGCUACUCUUAAUGCCCGGUAUUCUCAAGGUGUAUUUGGAAAAUGGACAGACCAAAGCCUUUCGAUUUGAGAAAAAUACAACAGUGAAGGAUAUCAUCCUCACCCUGAAGUCAAAGUUAUCCAUCCGUUGUAUUGAGCAUUUUGCUCUGGUUUUGAAGGAACGAUACACUAUCAACAAGAUCUAUAUCUUACAUGAUGAUGAACUCAUUGAGCAGGUGGUCCAGAAGCGAGAGCCCCGUGAUUAUAGGUGUCUCUUCAGGGUUUGUUUCCUGCCAAGAGAUCCACUUGUACUUUUACAAGAUGAUCCAGUUACUUUUGAAUACCUCUACUCACAGAGUUGCAAUGAUGUGCUGCUGGAGAGGUUUGCGAUGGAGAUGAAAUACAGCACUGCUAUCCGUCUCGCAGCACUGCAAAUUCAGGAAUGCAUCCUCAGCUCCAACCAUUCUGAGAAAGUCUCCAUGAAGUACAUUGAGGAUUGGGGAAUUGAGAAUUUUGUCUCAUCAACUGUACUUGACAACAUGAAAGAGAAAGAUAUCAGAAAGGCCAUUAACUAUCACCUUAAGAACAAUCAUAGCUUGAUUGCACCAGGACAAAAGCAACUGAUAUCCACAGCACAAGUCCGGCUGAAUUACCUGAACAUACUGAGUGAUCUUCGAGCAUAUGGAGGGAAAACCUUUAACGCAACCCUUCUGGACAGCGAAUCAUUUAUCACAUUGUUGGUCGGAGCCAAAUAUGGUAUCAGCGAAGUUGUUAACAGCAAACUCAAUAUUAUAAACCAGUUAACAGACUUCAACAGCAUCCAGAAGUUGGAAUUGACCUUUGAGUAUGAGAAGAUCAGCGUGGUGAACAUCUACCUGGUGGAUGUGAAGUCUCUGACGUUGGUACUGGAAACUCGUCAUGCUAAAGACCUUGUGUAUUUGAUUGCUGGAUAUCAUAGGCUAUAUGUGAACUCAACAGACUCCAUAUUCAUCUGGCCUGGCAACUAUCAAAGUCAGACAACUGAAGAAGAUGAAAAGGUUACUCAUCUGGAGGUUCAGGUGACAUCAAAUUCAGUGAAACUGAAGCAGUUUCUCUAUCUCCGUCGCAUAUGUUCCAAUGAGGCCAACUUCAACAAGGGAGCCUCAGAAAUGUCCGCCGCCUUGCUGAACCAAGGAUUCCCCAACACCAUUGUCAACAAGGCCCUCAACUGGGUCCUCCAUCUUAGCAUGCUGAAUGCUGCUGGUCUCAACAUGGACCACAACAACUGGAUCCUCCCUCUCCUGCUCCGCUAUCCUUUCAAGCCGCCCCUGGACCUCGCUCCGGUUGCUCCCGCUGCUGCUGCCUCCGCUGGGUCCCCUCUGUUAGAGCCCAUGAUGGUUAUCACUUGUCCCAUGUAUCCUGAUCUUCAGGAACCUGAUGAAGGAAGGUUAGAGUACCUCCUGGUGGGUCUGCUUCUGGGCCUGGCCAAUCUGGCCAUAAAUGGCUCCAGCAGUGGGCUGUUUGCCUUCCGCGGGGGAAUCAAGUUUAAGAGCUGUGAGGUUUUGCUUCAGCUCCACAAGUACCUGGUGGAGAAAGCUAAAUCAGCCAUUAUCUACUACAAACCCAAUGGCUCACACCAUUACCUGGACUACACACUUUGCAGGGAGAAAGCUGCCACCAAUGAACGUGUGCGGGAAGGUGACGAGAAUGUGGAGCGAGGUAACUGGUCCUCGAAGAUUGACUACUUGCUCUCAGUGAUCGGUUCUGCUGUGGGUUUGGGCAAUGUAUGGAGAUUCCCGUACCUGGCCUACAGAAAUGGAGGAGGUGCUUUCCUUAUUCCCUACAUUCUGAUGCUGGCAGUCGCUGGGAUGCCAAUGUUUUUCCUGGAAACUUCCUUUGGGCAGUUUGCCAGCCUUGGACCGGAUGCAGUGUGGAAAGCUGUGCCCAUGUUACAGGGCUUGGGCAUAAAUACCAUUGUACUUGCAGCAUUUGACAACAUUUCCUAUACCUGCGUCCUCGCCUACAGUCUGUACUAUCUGUUUGCAUCCUUCCAAUCACCAUUGCCAUGGGCAGAGUGUUUUAGUUGGUGGGGAGCGGAUGAAACAUGCAGCAGGACUCCCAAAGAUCCAAUCUGCAAUUUCUCUCUGGACAAUGGAUAUUUUGAAAUUGUUAAUAUAACAUGGCUGCAGACAAACAAUGAAACUUGUCGAAAUGGAUCAGAAAUCUCCAUUCUUCACCAGGGUCCGAGUGAGCAAUACUGGGAUAAAGUGGUUUUACGCCGUACAAGUUCAAUCGAUGAAACUGGGGAGAUCGUCUGGUAUUUAGCCCUCUGUCUGUUUCUGGCCUGGCUAAUAAUUGGGGCGGUGUUAUCAAAGGGAAUCAAAUCUUCAGGAAAGGUGGUUUAUUUCACUGCGACAUUACCUUAUGUGAUUCUGACCAUACUCCUGAUCCGAGGGCUAACCCUGGAGGGAGCCUCUAAAGGAAUUGAAUUCUACAUUGGAAUCCAAUCAGACUUCUCCAAACUGGCAGAAGGUCAUGUUUGGAAAGAUGCUGCGAUACAAAUUUUCUUUUCUUUGUCAGUAGGUUCUGGUACUUUAAUAGCACUGUCAUCCUACAACAAAUUCCACAACAACUGUUACCAAGACGCCAUUGUUGUCUGUGUGGUUAAUUGUGGUACAAGUGUGUUUGCUGGAUUUGCCAUCUUCUCUAUCCUUGGACAUAUGGCUCAUAUCCAAGGGAAACCUGUUUCUGAGGUUGCCCAGUCAGGUUUUGGUUUGGCUUUUAUUGCGUAUCCGGAGAUUGCUGCGCAGUUGCCGUGGGCACCUUUAUGGUCCAUUUUAUUUUUCCUCAUGCUGGUCAUUUUGGCAAUCGACACUAUGUUUGCAAGUUUAGAAAAAGUCAUAACAGUUCUGCUGGACAGGUUUCCAAAAUAUCUACGAUCAAAGCGCUUUUGUCUGACAAUUGGCAUUUGUGUGUUGUCUUAUUUGUUUGGUCUUGUGAGUGUAACACAGGCUGGAAUUUACUGGAUACAUUUAAUUGAUUAUUUCUGUGCUGGAUGGGUCCCUAUUAUAGUAACACUGCUGGAACUCAUGGGUGUAAGCUGGCUGUAUGGGACAAACCGAUUCAUCAAGGACAUUGAGAUGAUGAUUGGGGAAAGGACUUGGCUUUUCUGGCUGUGGUGGAGAGUUUGUUGGUUUUUUAUCACUCCGUGUUUGAUGGUGGUUUUCUUGUUCUGGUCCUUGACAACUUUUGUCCCACCAACAUAUGGACCUGUUGAAUACCCUGUCUGGGCAAUAGCACUGGGCUGGUGUAUGACCAUCUUCUGUAUUAUGUGGAUCCCCAUUGUGGCUGCAGUGAGAGUUGUCCAAGCUGAGGGCUCCACAUUGUGGCAGACGAGGCUGGAAGAGGGAUGGAUGAGUGGAGAUGCAGAGGAAUUUGUUCUGACAGUGCUGUGCAGGAGAAUGCUGGGGUGGACAGAAAGUUGGGACUAUCACCUAAGAUAUCUGCAGCUUGUGCAUCAGCCCCAGAUUGGGGUCCGUACUUGGAACAACACAGAGGGGAAAGAUACAGGAAAAGGCCUGAUUCAAGAGACGCUUCUUAUGGGGUACAGCUUCUAG